AUGAAGAAAGCGAAAAUCGGAUUGGACAUGACCACGGGAAAAAAGACAAAGAAAGAUGAACAGAGUUCCAGUGAGACGUUCGAUCCAGUGACUGUGGGUUUGCAUCAGGCUGAUUCGGCUAUUCUUCUUCUCAAUAGCCCAGAAGAUGAUGUGAAAAUUCGUGCCGCAGAAGCCCUAUAUAAAUUUGCGAUUAAAAGUGAAGAGAAUAAGAAGUAUAUAUUUGGACAAAAUGUUUGUGAUACCCUCAUACAAUUGUUCAAAUCGGAAGACAAAAUUGUGAAACGAAAUGCGAUGAUGGUUCUUGGUGUGGUCAGUGAGAUUCAAAUCGCUCGGACCUCAUUAUUGAAAAAAGCCGGAUUUGUUGCACUGCUGAUCAAAAUGCUCCAACAAGAUGAGUUUGACACGACCAAGGAAUUCGCGCUAAUGACUUUGUCGCACAUGUGUUUGGAGUUUCAGGGCAUUUUUAGUAUAGUGGAAAAGAAAGGACUCGGUCCGAUUGCCGAGUGUCUGAAGCAUACCGAUCCCGAUGUGCAAAAGAACACAUUAGAGGUGCUUUGUGCCACACUGCAAGAUUUUGAAGCACGCCCGCUUUUACGAUCGAAUGAAAUCUUGGCCUCGCUCAUGGAUCUUCUUAAUUCGGAGUACCCUGUCAUACAAGAUUUGACACUUCAGACGUUUGCUCGUGCUACUCUAGACUCCACUAUUCGAACGGCCCUACGGGAAAUGGACGCACUAAAUCAUUUUGUUAAUAUAAUAGGAAAUUCACAGUGUAAUGAUAUACAUGUGCCUGCUUUGGUUGUGAUCGCGAAUCUCUUGGAAGAUACUGAAUGUGCCAAGAACCUAAUAAACAGUGGAGGAUUGAAAAUGUUACUGCACUUCAUCACCGAUCGGAAUGUGUUUCGGGAAGAAGAACUGCGCCCACCAUCGGCCGCGAUGUCCGUACAGGACAAAGCGGGUAAAGGAAAGAAACCACAGGAGCGUAAGAGUGCAAAAAAGAUCAAAGGUGAUGCUACUGCUCGGAAAGGCGAAGAGAAACCGGCAUCCAAUACGUUGCCCGAAGCAAAAAUUCAAGCCUGUCGUGCAGUGAUGCAAGCAGCUCGUAAAGAGGAAAUCCGCAAGAUUAUGCACGACGCAGAUGUGGAACGCAUGCUGGUCGCUCUUCUAUCACACGAAGACGAGGGUGUGCGGUCCUCAGCAGCCCACGCAAUUGCAGUGCUCGCCGAGAGCUCUGUAUCUCAAAAUAGCAUCUCUGAUUUGGGUGGUUUAGAAUUACUUAUUCGAAUGACCCGAAGUGUUCACAAAUUACCAAAAUCUGCGGGAAUCACUGCGUUGGCCGCGUUGACCAAUCAGAACAGCGCAAUAUGUCGUGAGGUAGCCAAUCGAAAUUCCGGCACGGAAGCAUUGAUUAGUUGUCUUCAAGUGAGUGAUCCGGAAAUCGAGGCGAUCACAGUGGGAGGAUUGACAGCGAUCACGAACUUGGCUUUGGAAGAAGCUACUAGACCGAAAAUGUUGCAAGCAGUAUCCAGUAAACUGUUGGCUCUGUUACUAUUGUCCAAUUCGACUUUGACUCAAGCUAAAGCGGCUGUAGCCAUCGCGGCUGUGGUUUGCAACGCAAAAUCAGUGAACCAAUUUUGUCGACAAGGUGGGGCUGAAAAUCUUAUCAAACUUCUGCACUCCCCGGUGGCCGAGGUUCGUCGAGCCAGCUGUUGGGCCAUAUACACAAUCGGUACACACAACGAGGCUGCCAAAUGCUUAGCUCAAGCCGGCGGAAUUCAGGUGUUGCAAGAAAUCAAUUCUUCUCUCACCAAACGCAAUGCGUUCUCGGAACUUGCGCUUCAGCGCGUUUUCGAUGCUAAUUUGGAAGCCAAGUUUGUUCUAACCGGUUAUUUGGAUUACGCCGACAUUAUUCGGGACCAAUUUUUCGACCCAGGUCAACUAUUAUCGGCAUCGGAAAUUUUGAAUUUGGAGGACUAUUUGAAACAACCGUUGAAUGAUCGACGGCCUAUCUAUUUGAUCAAUAUUCGAGACGCGUAA